CCCCCUCCCUCCCCCUCCGUGUCUCUUUCUGGGAGGUGUUUGUUGAUCCAGUGCUUGUUGGCGCCUGAGCUCCGCGCGGAGGAUGAAGACACGCGCCUGCUGAGCGAGCUCAUCUGAGGAGAGAUCACAGGAGGGACAUCAAGGAACAACUGUGACGCAGAGAAGGAGGAUAACAGGCCAUGGCGGAGGCACCCCAAGAGCUUCAGCUCCAAGAGGAGCAGCAGCAGGAAGAGGAGGAGGAGGAGCAGGAGGAGGAGAACCCCCCGAGCUCAGCAGACACGACAGAACAAGAUGCAAAGUCUGAAGAAUCGGAUGUAGGGUCUGAGGAAGGUGACAGACAGAACGAGGACCCUAAUGGCGGCUCGGAGGAACCCGUUAAAGCAGUUCGACCCCUACUUUCAAUGAGGUCCAUGAGCAGCAUAGACCCAGAGGAUGACACCCCCAACAUGAUGGUCUACAGGAAGAUCGAGGACAUUUUGACCCGGAUUCAGGAUGAGACGGAGGGUGUGCCCAUCAGAACUGUCAAGAGUUUCAUGACCAAAAUCCCCAGUGUGGUUACAGGUGCAGAUAUUGUCCAGUGGCUGAUGAAGAAUUUGUCCAUUGAGGAUCCCGCGGAGGCCAUGCACAUCGGGAGUCUCAUCGCAGCUCAGGGAUAUUUUUUUCCGAUCUCAGACCAUGUCCUCUCCCUCAGAGACGAUGGCACCUUCUACCGCUUUCAGGCGCCGUAUUUCUGGCCGUCCAACUGCUGGGAGCCGGAGAACACUGAUUACGCUAUCUACCUGUGCAAGCGGACCAUGCAGAACAAGACCAGGCUGGAGCUCACAGAUUAUGAGGCGGAGAACCUAGCUAGGCUACAGAGAGCCUUUGCCAGGAAGUGGGAGUUUAUCUACAUGCAGGCCGAGGCCCAGGUCAAGAUCGACAGAAAAAAGGAUAAAAUUGAGAGGAAGAUCCUUGAUAGCCAAGAGAGAGCCUUCUGGGACGUCCACAGACCUGUGCCUGGAUGUGUUAAUACCACAGAGAUGGACAUCAGGAAAUGCAGACGCAUGAAGAAUUUGCACCGAGUUAAGAAGUCGGUGUACGGCUUGACGGAGGAGGGAAAGCAGUCGCAGAGUCCCAUUCACACCUUUUUACAGCACUGCCCAAAAGGCACCAAGGAAGACGUGGAGAAAGAGAUCUCAUUCCUGAAAACCCAGCUUGAUCGCCACUGUAUGAAAAUGUCCAAAGUUGCUGAGAGUUUGAUAACCUACGCAGAGCAGUUCAUGGACUAUGAUCCGUUUCUGACUUCUCCGGAACCAUCUAAUCCCUGGACCAGUGAUGAUCCGACCUUCUGGGAUCUAGAGGCCAGUAAAGAGCCGAGUCAGCAGAGAGUAAAGAAAUGGGGCUUUUCUUUGGAGGAGGCUCUUAAAGAUUCAGCAGGACGGGAACUCUUCCUCAAGUUUCUGGAAUCAGAGUUUAGCUCAGAAAACCUAAGGUUUUGGUUGGCGGUGCAAGACCUGAAAAAGAUGCCCCAAGAAGAAGUAGCACAGAGGGCUGAAGAAAUCUGGGCAGAGUUCCUGGCAGAGGGAGCUCCCAGCUCCAUCAACCUGGACUCGCACAGCUACGAACGCACCAGCCAGAACCUGAAAGACCCCGGAAGGUACAGCUUUGAGGACGCCCAGGACCACAUUUACAACCUCAUGAAAAGCGACAGCUACGCUCGUUUCCUGCGAUCCAAUGUGUACCAGGACCUGCUGAAUGCAAGGAAGAAGCCGGAAACGGAUCAAGGCCGGAGGACCUCUCUGGAGAAGUUCACUCGUACUGUGGGCAAAUCUCUGACAGGCAAGCGCCUCACCGGCCUCAUGCAGUCAUCCUGACGAGGUCUAGAUGCAGACCAGGAAAAACCAGAAUACAAGCUCACCAGUGGAGAGCAGGUGGAAACCAACACUGGCGCCUGUGGAUGAAGAAGCAAGCUCACAUUGGCUGAUCCUCAUCAUCACUACCACAUCUGGAUGUGACCUCAGAGACACUGACGAGGACGGACGGCGCGCAAUAACUCAGCAGACCCGACGCGGGGACAGCUGUCACGGCGGAGUCGAUGAAACAAUGCGGCUUGCCUUUCGAAGGCUUGAACCAAAUGAGGCGGUGUUCUCUUUGCAGUGUCUAAACUCAUGUGGUAGCUUCACUGUCAGUGCUGUAAACAUGGAACGCUUGAAUGUUUUAACUGACCAUGGACUUAGAUUAAUGCUGUAGUAACAUCCCUGUUGUAUCUCCUACAUUCACUAGAAGAGAAGAAGGAAAGAAGGUUGAGCUUUACAGUAAACAUCACCCAACCUGAUGCUUUUCUGCACAAGCUUUGAGAUUGGCUCUGAAGACACAUGCAUGUCUUUGUGCAUUUUGUUUAGAAAUCAGUAGAUGGAGAAAAGUUUGCACAACAUGACUGUAAAAAGCACAUUUUAAAGCAACUGCUCUUAAAAAUUCAAGCAAAAAAUAUAAAAUUUGGCAACAAAAUCUACAUUGUGUACUUCUUUUUAAUCAAACACAGCCAACAUAAGUUUCAUUAUAGGGAAAAAGAAAUGGUAAAGGUUUUUGUUUUAAGUCAAAUAUGUAUUGAAAGCUCAGUUUGAACAUCGAAAAAUGAUAAAAGCUGGACUAUCAAGUCUAUUUAUGAAAGGUUAAAUGACUAUAUAUUUAUUAAAAUUUGUUAUUUUUACUCUGACUUUAACCCUAUAAUGCUAAUUCACCAUCCAUCUACAAUAAAUUGAAUGCUACUAAA